AUGAAUCUGAAAAUCAAGUGUUGGGUCACAGUGAUAGCCACAGUGUGGAUGAGUUUGACAAUGAGUGUGUUGGAAGGUGUGCGUCUUGUGCCCAAUCAAUACUCACAGGGAAAGAGAUGGGCCUUACUUGUUGCUGGUUCUAAGGAUUAUGAAAACUAUAGGCACCAAGCUGAUGUUUGUCAUGCCUAUCAGUUACUAAAAAAUGGUGGCCUUAAAGAUGAAAACAUCAUUGUUUUCAUGUAUGAUGACAUCGCCUCAAAUCCAGAAAACCCAAGGCCCGGAGUUAUAAUCAAUAAACCAAAGGGUCCAAAUGUCUAUAAGGGAGUUCCCAAGGAUUAUACCGGAGGAGCCGCAAGUGUAGCAAACUUCUUCGCUGUACUUAGUGGUAACCGAAGUGCUCUCUCCGGAGGUAGUGGCAAAGUGCUCAAAACUGGUCCAAAUGACAUCAUUUUCAUUUAUUACACAGAUCAUGGAAGUCCAGGUUUGAUCGGCAUGCCAGAUGAGGAUUAUAUCACGGCCAAAGAUUUUGUACAUGCGUUGAAGAAGAAACAUUCCACUAAAUCCUAUAAAAAGAUGGUUAUAUACUUGGAAGCAUGUGAAUCUGGGAGCAUGUUCGAAGGGCUUCUUCCGAAUAACAUAAACAUAUACGUAACCACAGCUUCCAAUGCAAAUGAGAGUAGUUAUGCAUUUUACUGUCCUGAUUUCUACCCUUCUGCACCGCCUGAGUACACUACUUGUUUGGGAGAUACGUAUAGCAUUUCAUGGUUAGAAGACAGUGACGAGAAUGACCUGACAAAAGAAACUUUGCAGAAACAAUAUGAAGCUGUUCGUCGGAGAACGUUACUUGGUUAUAUGAAUAUGAGUUCUCAUGUGAUGCAAUAUGGAGAUAAAAAGUUGAAAAAUGAUUUUCUAGAUACCUACUUUGGUGGUGCACGCCCUGCUAGUGUUGGUGAUGAAUACCACCAGACCAACUAUGCAAAUUCAUAUUCUUUUGAACCAUCCACUCAAACAAGAGUUGUCAACCAACAUGAUGCCCAUUUACUCUACCUCAGCCACAAGGUGAAAAGGGCUUCGGGUGGUUCGUCGGAGAAGUUAAAAGCUCAAAAAGAGUUUGAAGAUGAAAUUGCUCAUAGGGAUCAUGUAGAUAAUGCUGUCCAUCUCAUAGGGGAUCUCUUGUUUGGAAAAGAGAAAAGCACAACGGUGAUGCUCCAUGUUCGUCCACCAGGCCAACCUCUUGUCGAUGAUUGGGAUUGCUUCAAGACCCUUAUAAAAACUUACGAGAGCCAUUGCGGUGCCUUGUCAAGCUAUGGGAGGAAAUACUCAAGAGCCUUUGCUAACAUGUGCAAUGCUGGCAUUUCUGAGGAGCAACUGGUGGCAACGUUAUUGCAAGCUUGUCCCAAGGAAAAUCAUGAUAUUAUUAAUAUGGCUAAUAGAACUUUGAAGGAACUUGUAGCACCUGAUGUUAACUAUCACGCUUUGGCAAUUCAGUAUCCAAAUUUGGAUGCAGACUUUGAGCUCAAGUCAGGGCUGAUACACCUGCUGCCCAAGUUUCAUGGCUUAGUUGGUGAAGACCCUCACAAGCACUUGUAG